AACCGCGCUGACGCCGCUGAGGCUCGAGCUUUUGCUGCUGAGACUCGUGCUGUGGCCGCUGAAGCUCGCGCGGCGCUCGCUGAGGCCGCGGUUACGCAAUUGCAAAGCGUGAUUCGGACCGUUUCACACGCUCUCAACAGCGUUGAGCUGCCUUCCGCCACGCGCAACGCUGGCGGCGCGGCUGCUGAUGCCGCGCCUGCCCCUGCCGCUGCUGCGCCUGCUCCUGCGCCUGUGGCUGCUGCUGCUGUCGCGCCUGUUCGCGCUGAUGAGGACAUGUCUGAGAGUGAGGAAGAGGAGGUGGAGCGGCCGCCCAAGAAGUCCAAGCACGCCAAGAAGUCCCAGCCUCGCGCUGCUGCCGCCACUGCUCACGGCAAGGGCAACAGCAAGGGCAACGGCAAGGGCCACGGCAAGGGCGGCAACGGCAAGGGCACGCUGGGGGCCAAGGGCGGUGUUGAGAAGGGGAAGGGGGAGCGGAUGAUGCGGAACUUCCCCUGUUCCCAUACUGAGUACCAGCGGCGCUUGGCCAACAACGAGUGCUUGCGUUGCGGGAGCAAGAAACACAUGGUGAAGGUCUGCCGGUCGGUCGCUGGUGAGCUGUGGGUGCCUCCUGAGGAGGCCGCCCAGCCGAUCGUUGGCUAGGGGG